AACACAUUAAAUUAUACGAAACGUCGACAUGCAGCCUUUAGAACGUCACGAAGCUUUGUUCUCGACCGAUUGAGCUCGUCUGAGAAAGCCAUCGUUGCGACAAAGCUCUCACCUUGCAGGGCCUGUCGUUCACCGUCUCAGCUCCAAAAAUUGUUACGACUCGAAUUUCCAGCCAUUAGCAAAACAUCUUGACGGAUUCUUGUGGCCCGCGGGCUCCCGCCAUAUCACACAAUCAUGUCGCUCGUCCAUCUGUCCAAUGUGGCAUCCCAUCUGAAAAACGCCAGCAAAGCCCGACUAGGCCUCACCUCGAUCCCAGACACAAAGUUCCACCUGAAGUUGAUGCUUGCGCUGCAAAACUCCGGCUUCAUCUCAACUGUCGUCCGCGGUGGGCCGACUCCUCCUCCUCCCCAUACUCUCUUGUCACACCCGAGCUCGACCGACCCGUCGCACCCAAUCGAACCAGUGACCAGGUACAACAUCUCGUCGAGGAGAUUAUGGGUCGGACUGAAAUAUUACAACAGCCAGAGAGUCUUGGAAGAUGUACACAUGAUUAGCAAGCCGACGCGGCGCAUCACAAUGGACGUCGAGGGUAUCAAGCAGCUGGUCUUGGGCCGGAACAGUGGAUAUGUCCAGGGUUUGACGAAGCCCGGUGAAUGUCUCUAUGUCAACACCGACCGGGGAAUUCUUGAGAGUCGAGAGUGCGUCGAAAGGAAGAUUGGUGGACAGCUUCUCUGCCGAGUAUACUGAUCGAUGCCUCGCUCGAUCCUGUGUUGGUCACACCUGAACAAAUAUGAUCGCAACGGAUCAACCUGGACACUCGGGUAAACCUGUCGUUGUGUGGAUGCCCUUUCCAUCUCAGUUCCAGCACUUCCCUCAACCAAGAUCAACGGAAAUUGAACGGAGUAGAAUUCAGCAUAUCAACACCACCGCACUUGCCAACCAUUCGAUGCCACGAAAUUUUCGACAUCCGUCAGAAUUCCAUCCAGAAUGACUCCUAGAAUUAGCCUCCCACCCUCGCAACCGUCCAGAACAAAUGUCUGAGUCACCCAUUAACGACUUUGGUUGAUAUGUACAAAUGACACAACCACGCGACGUGGAGAGACAGUAAUCACCGGGCACCCGUUGUCUACUACCACAAGUCACUCUCCCAAUGUAGAUUAUCUACGUGUAUCAUACCCAUUAAGCCAUUCUUCUUUAUCUUACAUAAGGGGCCCUAUGAAUAAGAAAUCUG